AUGGAAAGCCGCGGAUUGACCCUCCGCAGCAAGUCCCGCCGUGCCCGGCCCCAGAUCAGUGCGCCAAAACCGAUAUCCGGGCCUCUCCCUCCUGGUAGUAAGGCCGUCGACCCGAGAACCGCUACGUCAAGUUCCACUUCACGCGAACGUGCUCCUCAAAAAGAUGCGACCUCCGAUUUGGUGAAGAGGAGAUAUUCCACCCGGUUUAAUCAAGCUCCCGAUCUUGACUCCGCAAAUGCGCCCCCGGUGCCCGGGGUGCCUAAAGUUCCGACUCAGUAUACGGCGCUAAGUCCCCCUCAGUCGACCAGCAGACGGCCCUCGACAGAGGCCUCAGGGCCACCACAAGUGGAUCUCAAUGCUUUGCGGGACCCUAGUCUACCGGUAGAUAGAUAUGUCGCCAACCUCCUUGCCAAUGCAACCGAGGAAGAGAUCGAAGAGUACCAGAGAAGCUUGAAAAAAGUCAAGAAUAGGACAUCCACCGACCUCCAGCAGAAUGUCUAUCAGAAUCGCACGCAAUUCAUCAAGAUCAGUAAAGAAGCGGAGAAACUCAAGGGAGAGAUGCGCACUCUCCGCACUCUCAUGGCAGAGCUCACAACAGCUUUGGGACAAACAGCGACCGUUGGCAACACUCAAAACCCCAUGUCCCCGACGUUAGACGAGCGCAUAACCAAGCGAAACAAUCGCAGUUCCGUUGCCAAUCUGGAGAGCAUGUGGAACGUUCAGCUGCAAACACUAUGGAAGACUGUCGAAGGUUCGCAGAAGUUCCUACCGGUGGUGCCAGGUCGGCACAUCGUGUUGGAGACGGGAAACUGGGUCGAGCUGGACUCUGCGACUUGGAAGCCUCGGCGGCCGGUUCACAUCGUGCUUCUCAACGACCACCUGCUUGUGGCGGCUAAAAAGCGAAAGCGUGUUGAUCAGAGCAACCCUAAUCACCAGGGCCCAGUGCCUACCAAGCUCGUGGCGGAGGAGUGCUGGCCCCUGGAAGAUGUCGACAUGAUUGACCUCGGUGCCAAUCUUGGCCCGGGGGUUUCCCGUGAAGAAGCCGAAGACCGGGGUAUCAUGAACGCCGUGAGUGUCCGCGUGGGCUCCAAACCCUUCACCUAUCGCCACGAUAAGCGAAACGGCUCCGCCAAGAUCGACCUUCUUGCGACAUUCCGGAAAACCGUGGAAGACCUUCGCCGGACGCUGCGCUCCGAAACGGAGACCGCAGGCAAGAGCGAGUCAUUCGGGUAUCUGGGAGUAAGACAGUCAUCAUACUCCAUGGUAAAACCCGAUUUCAGCGCAUUGGAAACCCAACGCGAAACACCCGAAGUUCGCAUUGACGUAGACGGAAAGCAACAAAACCUACGAUGGGUCGAGGGCCAGAUAGACGAACUAGACAUUGAUAUCGCGCUCCAGCGCUUCGAAGAAGCCGUCUCAAACAUUGAGCGGCUGCGGAAACUCGCCAAAGGACUCAAAGGCAACUCGGUCGCGCAGGACGUGAUCAAUUCUAAAGUGGACGAGCGAGCCGCCAAAUUGGCAGGGGUUCUGUCGCGAUCCUUAGUCGACACGCCCUCAUUUUUAAACGCCACCAAGACCAAGGUCUCCUGGCUGACCCGCUUGGGUUUCGAAAAUCAAGCCCGGGAGACCUAUUUGAAAUGCCGAUCCGAUGUGAUCACUAAACGAAUCAGGCAAGUUCCAUCCCCUUACAACAAACGGGCCAAAGCACACGCCUGCAUCAAAUGGUCCAAACACCACCUAGACGGAUUCAAUGCCCUCCUCACACGCCAGCUAAGCAGCGUCCAGCGCGGCACGACUGUCUGGCAGAAGUGCAUCGACAUCGUGCACGAACAUGCUAACCUACUCACGGAAGUCGGGAUUGACUUCACUGACCUCGUAGCCAAGGGACUGGAACUGAACGAGGGAGAGAAAGUGGAAAAGCCGAAGAUGACUCGCUCGGAGACGCUGAUCUCGGGAUUGGCGGAUGCGGCGAAGGCUUAA